UGGUCCAGCCAGUUCGUGUUAAAUAUUAGUCAACUUGACGCCUACACCAAGACGAGACGAUAAAACAUCAUCACCAACAUAACAAGCAAGCCGUUUGCGUUGUCAUACCGCUUCUCGUUGACGCAUUCAUACCUCGGUCAACCCCGCCCUCACCUAAUCCACCGACAAUCACCGUUGCCAACCAUGGCUUUCCCUCAACCAGGCGGGCCGGCUUUUUGUCACGCACAGGUACAUGGUGUUUUCUCCUUCCCGCGACCGGCUUCCAACGCUCGCCCGAAAGUUGUUAACACGCCCGCGCAGUCCUUUGCGGAUGCCCAAUCCCAGUUCGACAUUCUCGAGUGGCACCCCUAUUUCAUGUCCUGCAUGCGAUACUUCCUGGACCACGCCCAGUACCAUGGCCCCGUGCAGGCUCUUGCCGGAUUCAUCAACAUCCGACUACCUUUCCAGAAGCCCAACCCGGUGCUAUCUUCACAGACAGUCCGCCCACCACCGGAACUAGAGGCGUCUUGUGUCCGGGGAGCAGGGGGAAAGGCACCCGUCGGGGGCUACGGUCUUCAGUCGUAUGCAAGUGUCAACUUGAUCCCCUAUAUCCGCCGUCUGGUGGCUACGGGAUAUGACUUUCCCGGAGUUUUGCACGGCUUUUUCGGCGACGACUGGGAGGCUGGUAUCGGGCCACUACACGAGAACGAGCGACGGAACUACCUCUUUGCGGCCAAGAGCUCCAACUGGCUCAAGGUCAAGGCGGCUUACGACAUGAACGAGGAAGAGUCCAUACCGUUUUUGAAACCUUUGCGCGAUGCGACCGAAAGAGAGAUUGUUCUGGCUGAGAGAAGCUGGAGCGAAUGGUUGGCGAUGCAGGACUGGAUGUUGGGACCACGCGCACCGGAUGUGCAACAAGCAAACGGCAACGCCAAUGGAGGACGGAUGCAGGGUAUCAAAAGGGAAGGUGACUAAGAGGAUUCAUCCCAGGAGGUUUUGUAAGGCGAAUUGGGAACGGACAAGGAAAAGUUCAUGGGUUGGAUAUGAGUCUUCUCUCUGUUGAGUGUUGGCAUUCCAUUGUACAGCUUUCCUACGGGCCAUGUUUGAGCAUGUUACUAUACGGUUAUGGAUGGCU